CACACACACUCACGCUCACACACUUGGCCAGUAUCGGUUGCUCCCUUCCACACUUCCAACAUUAUUAACAUGCGGCCAAACAUUUAACGUAUUUUAUUUCUUCUUUUUUUUUCGUGUAAAAUGAUUUAAAUCGUACCGUCAACAAACAUGAAGUCCUAAAAAAAAAGGUUGAUUUUUGAAAAGCGACAUGGAAGCUUCUUUUCCUUAAAGACGCGACAUGGGAAAAUGGGAGCUGACAAUGAACCCGGUGCAGGAGUGGGGCGAAGAAUGCGAGGACGGUGCAGUGUACGGCAUCACCCUGCAUCGGGUGCCCGUCCCUUCCCUGCCCAACCCCGCCGAUGCCAAUCCAUCCUGCGCUUUCGUCCAGUACCGAACUGUCAAAAUUCGCCGUCUGAAGGCGGGCGGUGUGCAAAAGCUGGUGAGUCACCUCCUUGAGCCCGCCUGUGUGGAGCAGCAGGACUACAGCAGGAUCUUCCUCACCACUUACAGAACCUUCACCAGCACGGAAAAGCUUCUGGAGCUCAUCUUUCAUCGAAACGGCGCAGCGUCACAAUUAGACACGAGUGAAUACAACCAGAGUCCACCGUUGUUGGCCUUGGUCCAGACAUGGUUGGAUGAGUACAGCGAGGACUUCAGAGACCCUCCGCUGCACUCUGGGCUCCGACUCCUUUUGGAUCACCUCAGACUCAGCUGUGCUGUUCAUGACCAAAUGCGCUCUCAGCCUAACUUUUGUUCUCUGGCUGGCCAGGCUGAAAACCUGCUAAGGAGGUUCCAGGAAGAAGAAGCUGAGACAAAUGCGAGAACAGCCGACGUGGAGCAAGACAAGCAGCUUUCAAGUGAUGAGGAUUCAGGAUGUGAAAACUCUCAAGAUCAAGGAGACAUUUUGGAUUUCUCAGCUGGAGCCAUUGCACAGCAACUCACCCGCAUUGAUUCUGCCUUAUUUGUCAAGGUGGCUCCAUACCAAUGUUUGGGCUGCAUCUGGUCACAAAGGGACAAGAAGGAGAACAUGUCCCCCACCAUCAGGGCCACCGUCGCGCAGUUCAAUGCCAUCACCAACCUGGUCAUCGUGUCGCUGCUGUGCCGCCCCACAUGUGACGCCGCCUGUCUCACUUCCUCCUGCUUGCCUCCCAUAGCUCCACCUCAUCGAGCUCGCAUCAUCGAGAAAUGGAUCAGAAUAGCACAGGAGUGUCGCAGUUUGAAGAACUUCUCCUCACUCAGGGCGAUCCUGUCCGCUCUUCAGUCCAAUGCGGUCUACAGACUGAGAAAGACCUGGGCUGCAGUCGGCAGGGACAGCAUGGCAACAUUUGAUAACCUCUGUGAAAGCUUCCCUGAUGAAAACUGUCUCCUCACCAACAGAGCACUCCUGAUGGAGAGUACGUCCAGCGGAGUGGUGCCUUACCUGGGUACCUACCUGACUGUCCUCACCAUGCUGGACACAGCCCUGCCGGACACUCUGGAGGGUGGACUCAUAAACUUUGAGAAGCGGAGAAGGGAGUUUGAGGUUCUCUCGCAAAUCUGUGUCCUGCAGUCGUCCUGUUCCAAGUUCAGCCUGCCUCACCAUCCCAGAAUUGCUGAAUGGAUGCAGGGACAUAAACUACUCACUGACCAAGAAAGCUAUGAACUGUCACGACAAUUGGAGCCUCCAAUGGACGUGUGUUCCCCAACUGCCUGGAGCCAUCGAACACUCACCAAAAAACUUUCCUCUAUCUUGACAAUGAGUGAUGGAUCCAAAAAGCUUCCAGCAGACCAGAUCAGUGUUUCGUCUUCAGGAUCCAGUGGUUCAGAGUUGGAAGACCUGUCCUCCACGAACUCUGCCUGUUCCAUCAGACUACAGUCUUUCCACAGCUCGUCCAACAAUUUGUCAGAGGCCUUUUCUUCCUCCUCCUCUUCGUCAUCUUCACCCUGCUCCUCGGCCACCUCCUCGACGGACUCCCCAACUCCCCCGGGCUCCUCCUCCGACUCCCUUUGCUCGUCGGCCACGUCCCGCGCCAGCGCUUCGCCCGCCUGUUCCACUUCCCACCACAAACGCUCGGUGUCCAUGACCUCGCUGCCCAUCUACAACCGCCAGGACGCCGACGCCUGCAUUGUGAGGGUGAGCGUGGACCUGGGCCGCAACGACGGCAACAUGUACAAGAGCAUCCUGUUGACCAGCCAGGACAAAACGGCGCAUGUGAUUGAGCGGGCACUGGACAAGCAUCACUUGGAGCACAUGGACUGGCAGGACUUCACUCUGACACAGGUCAUCUCACAGGAGAGAGAGUUGCUCAUCCCAGACAAGGCCAACGUCUUCUAUGCCAUGUCCACCACUGCCAACUUUGAUUUUGUCCUGCGUCGGUUCCGCAAUGGCCAGAAGAAACCCCUGAGAGCCACGUCCAGUCUCGGCCGGUACAGCAAGUAGCAGCGCACAAGCAGUGAAGAAUAGUUAGUACCUGUUAUGGUUCAUGAACAUAUUGUCAAGCUCUUGCGGGAGCAGAAAAAAAGCACUUUAUGGAGAAGGAGGCUCAGUCAUAUUCUUGUUGGACUGCAGUCAUUGAACCACUUGUCUGGUUUCUCCCAUUUGUCUUUACGCUGCUAGCAGGGGUCCUUCUAGCGUCAAUGGCGCCCUGUGCAAGACCUCUUUUAGUGAGUCGUUAGCUCGUUUGAUCACUUCCAUUGUAUAAUAGAUGAAGUGAUAACUGCGCUCUCUACCAGGGGUGUCCAAACGUUUGGACCUGGGGUCCACAUUGGGCUAAGUAAAAGUUGGCCGAGGGGCAAAGUCAACUGUAUGUAAAGUAACUAUGGGUACUCCGGCUUUCUCCCACCUCCAAAGACAUGCACCUGGGGAUAGGUUGAUUGGCAACACUACAUUGGCCCUAGUGUAUGAAUGUUGUCUGUCUAUCUGUGUUGGACCUGCGAUGAGGUGGCGACUUGUCCAAGGUGUAGUCUGCCUUUUGCCCGAUUGUAGCUGAGAUAGGCACCAGCGUACCCCGCGACUCCAAAGGGAAUAAGCGGUAGAAAAUGGAUGGAUGGAUAAACACACACAUAUACACACAUAUAUAUAUAUAUAUAUACACACACACACACAUUUAUGUAUUCACCUAUACAUAUGCACAUAUAUGUGUGUGUGUAUAUAUA